GUCCUGGGGUUAAAUUUGAGGUUGCUGAUCAGAGUGGAAGAGUUGCAUGUUCCUUGAGUGGGAAAUACGUUAGCGAGUUUCGUAAAUAUUUAUCCACGUCAUCAAACGCUCAUCCCGUUGUAAUUUUGCAGUUUGCAAAGAUUUCUACUGAAAGAGGUUACACCUGUCUUGAGAAUUUUAAGGAUGUUACUAAGAUAAUGAUCAAUCCUCCUAUUCAUCAUGUGUUACAGUUCAAUAUUCGAUUAUCAAAUUCUGGAGGUGUAUACUCUCUUAUUCAUGGGAAACAUUCCAAUUCUGUCGUGGUGACUGAUAUCACUCCAUUUGAUCGUUUUUAUCCACACAAAACUGUUCGUGAAUUUAUCGAUACACAGGAGUCCGGAUUUUUCGUGUUAUGUGCUCGAGUUGUUGGUAUAUUUCACAUAAAUAAGUGGUGGUAUCCCGUUUGCAAGUGUGGAAAUUUUCUUGACAUAUGGGUUGGAUGUUACUUCUGUGUCCAAUGCAAUAUCCACGUUUUCUGUGUAUCCUCGAUGUUUAAGUUACAGAUCGCAAUUGACGAUGGGACAUCAACUGUUCUUAUUCAGUCGACACAUUCUCCUCUUCGAAGAAUUCACUGCCUUAAUCAUAGUUCAUUGGGAAUAGAACAUGCAUUGGCUCAUUAUGGAAGCAAGGCUUUUGAGGGGAAAGAAAUUCUUUUCAUAGCUAGGAAGACUUCUAGAUCAGAGUAUAGGUUUGAAGAUUAUGUAGAAAUCAUAAACAUGACCGAUGAAGAGGGAUCUGUUCGUCGUUUCCAUGAGCUUGGCAAUAACUUUACUCCUACGAAGUCGAUAUAUAUUGAUCCAUUUGCCCAACUUGACGUGGAGGCGCACGAUAGUGUAUUAGUUUCAAGUGUGCAGAAAUUUAUCACUAAAGGGAAGAAGCCUUUGAUUGAUCUAGAAACUCCAUCAAAUUUUUCUUGUGUUACCACUGGAUCAUUCUCUACCUCAAAUUUGAUCAAAGCUAGGAAGAAAUUGUCGUAUGCCUUUAGUGAGUGCACCGGAACAUCUUUGAAUGCUAAUUAA